AUGACUGACCAAACCCUUCACAUUGCCAUGUACCCUUGGUUUGGCAUGGGGCACCUGACCUCAUUUCUGCACAUCUCCAACAAACUUGCUGAAAGAGGCCACAGAAUCUCCUUCUUUUCACCAUCCAGAGUACAACAAAAGUUGGAGGCUUUUAAUCUCCACUCUCAUCGCAUUUCCUUCAUCCCAAUCGACGUCCCACAUGUCGACGGCCUUCCUCCCGGCACCGAAACCACGGCCGACGUUCCUUUCCCCUUGCACUCUCUUCUCGUGACCGCCAUGGACCUCACACGCCCUGCCAUUGAACAAGCACUUUGUGAGCUCAGGCCCAACUUUGUUUUCUUUGACUUCACACAUUGGCUGCCCGAGUUGUUGCAUAAGCUGGAUAUAGGCAUCAAGUCUGUGCAUUACUGCACAAUUAGUCCUGCAACUGUUGGGUUUCUGAUAAGCCCGGAAAGAAAACUGUUGGAAAAAUCAUUGACAGAAGCUGAUCUUAUGGAGCCUCCACCAUCUUUCCCUGCAUCAUCAAUCAAGCUACAAACCCACGAAGCUCGAGCGCUGGUAGGCGCCACAUUGAUGGAGUAUGGGCGUGGGAUUACAUUCCUGGAACGCCAAAUGGGCUCUUUUAGCAACUGUGAUGCCAUUGCUUUUAAAACUUGCAGAGAAAUGGAAGGGCCUUAUUGUGAUUAUGUUGAAACCCAGUUUGGAAAGUCAGUGAUUCUUGCAGGGCCGGUGGUGCCAGAGUCCCCAACUACAGAGUUAGAUGAGAAAUGGGCAAAAUGGUUUGAUGGGUUCGAAGCCAAAACCGUGAUAUACUGUGCGUUUGGCAGUGAAUGCAUUCUGAACAAGGCUCAGUUCCAGGAAUUGCUAUUGGGUUUUGAGCUUACCGGUCUGCCGUUCUUCGCCGCCCUGAAGCCACCCAUGGGAGUCGAAUCGAUUGAGGCAGCAUUGCCAGAAGGGUUUGAAGAGAGGGUGCAAGGAAGAGGAAUUGUUCAUGGGGGUUGGGUUCAGCAGCCAUUGAUAUUGAAGCACCCUUCUGUGGGGUGCUUUGUGACCCACUGUGGUUCAGGGUCUUUAUCGGAGGCUCUGAUGAAUGAGUGCCGAUUGGUGCUGCUGCCAAAUGUGGGAGAUCAGAUCAUCAAUGCAAGAAUGAUGAGCAGGGAUUUGAAGGUGGGAGUGGAGGUUGAGAAAGGAGAUGAAGAUGGGGUGUUUACAACGGAGGGUGUCUGCAAGGCUGUGAAAACUGUGAUGGAUGAUGAGAGUGAGGUAGCCAAGGAGGUGAGGACCAACCAUGCUAAGUGGAGGGAGUUUUUCACUGGCAAAGGGCUUGAGAACUCUUGCUUAGAUAGCUUUGAACAGAAGCUGCAUCAACUGCUUCAAUGA